AUGAGGCCCCUCAUCGCCGCCACAGCUUCUUUCCCCAGGGCCAUCUCCCUCGAGAGACAACGGCUGGCAAGCUCUCUCCUCCAAACACCACUCCGUUUCUCCAGAAAAUCAGCUGCCAUCUCAUCAACACCAACAUCGACAUCUCGCUGUUUCUCAUUAACCAGCGCCCGCCUCUCAGAAGAGAGAAAAUGGUCCACCCCGCUGGCCAAGCAGCUCUAUGAAGCUAUAUCCACCACCGGCUCCGUCCCCCUCGCCAGCUACAUGCGCAUGUGCCUCACCGGCGACCUCGGCGGCUACUACACCGGCGCCGUCGGCCAAGACCGCGACCAAUUCGGCGCAAAGGGCGACUUCGUCACCUCCCCCGAAAUCUCCCAAAUCUUCGGCGAGCUCCUCGGCAUCUGGUUCAUCGCCGAGUGGAUCAGCCAGGGCCGGCCCAGCAAGGGCGUCCAGCUGAUUGAGGUUGGGCCCGGCCGGGGCACCCUCAUGGACGACAUGCUUCGUACUAUCCAGCGCUUUCCAGCCAUGGCUUCUAGCAUCGAGAGCGUCUUCAUGGUCGAAGCCAGCCGCGAGCUCCGCGAGACCCAAAAGAAGCGCCUCUGCGGCCCCGACGCUCCCACCACCGAGUCCAACGCGGGCUGCCAUAGUCCUAGCAAGUAUGGCGCAACGCCCAUUGUCUGGACCGAGACGAUAAAAUCCAUCCCCAUAGAAUCAGACAAGACGCCAUUCAUUGUAGCCCACGAAUUCUUCGACGCUCUCCCCAUCCACACCUUCCAAUCAGCCCCAGCUCCAGCACCAGCAGCUUCAAAAUCUUCAAAAUCAUCUCCAUCACCGCCAUCAUCAUCGCCAUCCUCUCAGCCAGACACCACCGCAUCAACACUAACGCCAACCAUGGAAUGGCGCGAAAUGAUGGUCUCCAUCACUCCCCCCAUCUCAUCCUCAACCCCAUCCUCAGCUUCAACAAACGUCGAACCCCCUCCCGAGUUCCAACUCGUCCUCUCCUCCUCCACAACCCGCCACUCCCGCCUCCUCCCCGAAUCCUCCCCCCGCUACCGCGCCCUCAAAUCCACCCCCGGCGCCCUCAUCGAAAUCUGCCCCGACGCAUCCCUCUACGCCUCCGACUUCGCCUCCCGCAUCGGCGGCUCCCCGAAACACCCGAAACCGUCCCCCUCCGGCGCCGCCCUCAUCCUCGACUACGGCACUGCCGAUACCGUCCCCGUAAACUCCCUGCGCGGCAUCCGCCAGCACCGCCUCGUCAGCCCCUUUGCCGCGCCGGGCCUCGUCGACCUCAGCGCCGACGUCGACUUCCACGCCAUUGCCGAGGCGGCCACCAUGGCCAGCGCCGGGAUCGAAGUCCACGGCCCCAUUUCUCAGGCUGAUUUCCUGGAGCUCAUGGGAAUUCGGGAGCGCGCAGAGGCUUUGAGCAAAAUACCCGGCAUUACUCCGUCUGCGGCUAGUGAUAUUGAAAAGGCGUGGAAGCGACUGGUUGAUCGAGGACCGAGUGGGAUGGGCAAAGUGUACAAGGCGCUGGCUAUCUUGCCUGAGAAUGAUGGACGUCGUCGGCCAGUCGGUUUUGGAGGCGAUGUAACAGCUUAG